CAAUUCUAGGUCUAUAGUGCUCUAGCCAACCUGGUUAGUUAGUCAUUCAUUUACUUGCUAGUCUCCUGGAGUUAUCAUGUUUAACUGCACCUGUAUCAUCCCCCUUAAAAAGUGUACCAUGGAUGAAGUAACAGUUGACUAUCUUGUGUGCGUUGGAGCUCCUUUACUAGCAACUGCUGUUCUGUUCCUUUGUAUGGUUGCAUGCUGCGUUGGAUGCAUUCACAAAAGAAGAAGGAAAAAUAAAAAACCAAGAAGUGAUCAAUCAGGAUUAGAAACACAAGAUAGAAGCAGCCUCAUAGAUUUGGCAACUGGACAGAUAAACGGCCAGCAAGAAACAGCCGUGCCCCAAAGUACAUCCUCGUCUGUUGAAAUGAACACCAAUUGUCAGCAAGUUGUCACAAAAAAAUUGAAACCACAAGAUUUCAGUCAACAUGCUGCAUCAGAACGUCAAAUGCCUAUAUUUCCGUUAGCACGAAGCCACGAGCAUGUAUCUAGCGUCUCUACUACGCCUCGGCAUAACCCGAACAUUGCUAAAAGCCUGACUUUCGAUAGUAGCUCUAUACAAGCGCCAAAACUGUGGAAGGAAAGGAACAAUUACGACAAAUUAGUAAGAGAGAAGGAAACGAAGAAGCAAAUUGCAAAAGAAACUGAACCUAAUUAUGAGGAUUUGGCCACACUCGAGCAGACAAUGCAUUCUCAGCAAAUCAUUACAAACAAGUCUGAGCAGGAGCAAAAAAAUAUAAAAGGGAUUUCUGAGAGCAACCAUGAAUAUGAAGAAUUGACGAAAGUAACUGAUGAUAGCAAGAUACCGAAUACUCCCACUCACGGUCGGUACAAUGUGCUGACUACGGCAACAGACAUCAACCCUUUUCAAGAUGCUAUCGUACAAGAGGAUACUGCUGAAAAUAUUAACGAAGACAAGUAUUACAGCAUAACAAGGGUGCACAGAUUAGUCCCUGUGGGCAAACCGAUCAAUCAACGUAACAAUGAUGCUCUUUAUCAAGCUCUUGAAGAGCCAGUAUCUCAAUCAAACUACAGCUGCAAUCAGGUACAGCCAAGGCAUAACACCUUCGCGAGCUGGACCACCAAUCCUAAGGGAGGGGCUGAGGAUAAUCUGGUUCGUUCUUAUAGUCACAGUCUGGAGAAAUUGGAUCCGAUGUAUGAUGAGCCCUUCAAAGAGGAGCAGAGGUCAACACCACAGCUAGAUAUUUACAAUGUCGACUCACUCUUCGAUGAUCCAAAGUAUGUAUCGAAGGAUCACACUGAUCGAACUUUUUCUACUGAAUGUCCUGUGAGAGGUGCCUCGUUGACUGCACAUUCACCGGGGAAACAAGAAAGCAAAGCGGCAAUGCGAAAAACCAAAUAAGGAAUUUACCAUUUGUGUGCUGUGUGAAUACCCUUUAGUUUAUUGUGUGUUGUUACUAUAAGUUAGAGACAUUGUAUGGCCUUAUUUUGUAUUCAGAAGUGAUAGACAAUAAGUAUUUU